CAUCUCAAUCUUCCACGAUGGCCCUUGCAAACAAGAAGGUAGAAAAGCUCGACCGUCCCGACGAGUACCAGAAGAUAUUUCACUGGGCAGAGACGCAGAAGGAUGGCGCCGUACCUUCUUUCGCAACCCGCAAGAACGAUCCCUACGAGAGUCCCGUCUCGAUUACUUUGGUUCCUUUUGCUGAUACAGGUAUCUAUUCUAGCUUCGAAUCAGAAGCCGUCCCUGGGACCAUCCCUCGCGGUCAGAACAGCCCAAGAUGCGUGCGAUUCGGUCUAUACGCAGAACAGAUGACUGCCUCAGCAUUUGUUGCACCAAGACAUCUGAACAAAAAUGCUUGGCUCUACAGAUCGCGGCCAGCCGUCGCACACCAGGGGUUUACCUUCCCCAUCCGAACGAGGGAAACACAGAAGUUUGAUCUAACUCGCGGACCAAACAGNACGAACCUUCCUGACAAUUCGAAUACCGAAGCCAACUUCUUUCCAAUCAACCCGCGCGUUCAUGUUUCACCGACUCAACUUGCCUGGCUGCCCUUUGAUGUUUCCGACACGAAACACGACUUCGUGGAGGGGCUAUGCUCCAUUGCCGGAUCGGGCGACCCAACCUUGAGGGAGGGUUUGGCGACACACGUCUUUACAGCCAACGUCUCGAUGGAGAACAAGGCAUUUGUCAACUCUGAUGGUGAUUUCUUGAUUGUGGCUCAGCAGGGCGCACUGGACAUCCAAACUGAGUUUGGAAAGUUGUACGUCCAACCAGGAGAGAUCUGUGUUAUACAACGAGGUCAGCGCUUCAAGGUUGGCGUCGAAGGACCAACCAGAGGCUACAUCCUCGAAAUUUGGGGUGCAAACUUUGAACUGCCAGAACUCGGAGCGAUUGGUGCCAAUGGGCUGGCCAACGCGAGAGAUUUUCUGACCCCUGUUGCGUACUACACGGUCACUAAGGACGACCCGUGGAAAAUUGUGUACAAGCUUGGUGGCAAGUUCUUCGAAAGCAGACAAAACCACUGCCCCUUCGAUGUGGUCGCCUGGCACGGAAACUAUGUGUAUGUCUUGGUUCCUUCCCUCCCCUUCUGUCCUUAUUUUUACGGCCGCAAUCUGAUUGUUCCAUCUCUCACAGGNCCUUACAAAUACGACUUGACCAAGUUCGUCAACAUUGGAAGCAUCAGCGUCGAUCACAUCGACCCGUCCAUCUUCUGCGUCUUGACGGCUCGCUCGCGCGACCCAGCAGCCCCUCUAGCCGACNNUUUUCUCAUCUUUUCUCCUCGCUGGGACGUCGCCUCAAACACGUACCGCCCACCAUACUACCACCGCAACGUCGCUUCCGAGUUGAUGGGGCUCAUCUAUGGCGAGUAUGCCGGCCGUAGCGACGAGUUCCAACCAGGAGGUGUCAGUUUCGAAUGCGGCAUGGUGCCCCACGGCGUGGCGUAUCAAGAGUUCAAGGCCGCUUCCGCACAGCCUCCUCCAGAGAUGCGCAUCUCUGAAGGUGCAGUAGCUUUCAUGUUUGAGAGCUCUAGACCCUUUACCGUCACCGAUUGGGCCAUGAAGAGCGACAAGCUCCACGAACACGAUCCAGCCAUGUGGGAUGAUCUGGUCGACAACUUCUCGCAGCAUAAGGACGAGGUUGACGAGAUACUGAAGAAAGCGGGGAAACUGAGCUUG